AUUACUUCCUGCCUCCAAACAAACGGAAUUCAAACAUUUUGCAGGGAGAAGAAUAUGCUGCAUGAAGUACUGCUGGCUUUAUUAGGCCAUACUGGUGGUGUCAUAAAAGAUACUGGGGAUGGGCUUAAGUUGAUAAAAGGAAUGAAAUCGUGUUUGUAUACACUGUACGAUGUUGCCCCAGAGUGGGACCUGUUCACAAAUGGAAGAAGAAAAGAAGGUAUCCAGAGUGAUUUACCAUUCCUUUCGUCCUCGGAUGAGGAGCAGCUGAAUUACCUGUGCAGACUUGGUACACACUUCUCAACAUUGAGUGCAUUUAUCAAGAAGUAUGGGACUGGUCCAAGUCUUCCCUCACAAGGGGUGAAGCCAGAUGGGCUUGCUGGUCUGUAUUUGAAGGCAUUCUGCAGUGGUCUGGACCGAGUGCUCGGGGGUUACAGGACAAAGAUACUUGAACUUGAGACCAGCGUGAUGAAAGACCCACACCUCUCUGUAUCUCAUCUCGUCUGCCAUCUGCAGCAGUAUCAGUUAUUGUUCCCUGCUUUGGUAUCUGUCGUGGAGCAGGUUACCAGCCAUAAGGCACAUGGGUGUUAUAUUCUGGAUAUAAUACACAGGCACAGCGAAACAGGUCAUCCACUGGUCAAAGAUACCCUCACAAGAGUGUUACACGUAUGCCAUGGUGUGUUGUUCAAGCAUUUAUGUAGCUGGUUGUUGUAUGGUUAUGUCUAUGAUCCAUAUAAGGAGUUUUUCAUCCAGCCAAGUGAAGGAGACUCACAUGACCAGUCACAUGAUCAAACCAGCCAGUCACAAGAGGAGGAAGAUGAUCUAGGCAUUAUGGGAGUUACAGGAAGACAGCUACAGAAAUUGAUAAAAAUAAAUGCCCCAGACAGUACUUCAUCGCAGAGCCAUCUUUUCUCGAUAAAGUCUGAUCUGUUACCAGGUUAUAUUCCAAUACGUGUUGCAAGCAAGAUUCUGUUUGUUGGAGAGUCUAUACAGAUGUUUCAAGAAAAAGGAAAGUCUGCUGUUUCACAUGGAAAAAGUAAUAUUCUAGAAGGAAAACAGGAGAAGUUUGCCAAAGAUCUGCACCAGCUUGCUCAGGAGUUGCCUUUUAACAGCAUGAAGUUUGAAUCUCUCAUUAAUGACAUUAGAACACAAGUUGCCGAAGUUCUGUGGAAGAUUCUGGUAGAAGAUGCUGACCUGUUGGCACAUUUACGUAUUAUCAAAGACUUCUACCUGCUGGGUCGUGGAGAACUGUACCUGGCUUUUAUAGACCAGGCUCAUCAUCUGCUGAGAGUACCUGCAUCAGCUACAACAGAACAUGAUGUAAAUGCAGCAUACCUGUGUGCAGCAAGGAACGUGCUAUUCCAUGAUGAAGCAUUGUUACAGAGGUUUAGACUAUCUGUCAAACAAGCACCUAAACCACAAAAAAAAGAUUCAACAAGUAGCAGUGGGAGCAGUCAAUCUUCCUCAGCAGCUGAGCCAGCGUGGAACAGUCUUGCACUGAAAUACUCUGUACAGUGGCCGUUGCAUAUAUUCUUCACUCCAGUUGUCCUUGAAAAGUAUAACAGAGUAUUCAGAUUUUUAUUGGUGGUACGGCGUACGCAGUUAGAUCUUCAGCAAUGCUGGACCAUACAGAUGAGUCGGAAACACAGAAACAUUAAUCCAGCGGAGGCUUUGAAGUGGCAGCUUCGGAACCAUAUGUCAUUCCUGGUCGACAAUUUACAGUACUAUCUUCAGGUUGAUGUGAUAGAAUCUCAGUAUGGUAUUCUAGUGGAGAAGAUAAACAGUACGCGGGAUUACGAGGCUGUCAAACUGGCACAUGACCACUUCCUGUCGGCACUUCUUGCGCAGAGCUUUGUACAUAUGAAAUCUGUUGCCCAUUGUUUGAAAGAGAUCUUGGAUCAGUGUACAGUGUUCACCGCUCUAGUUGUACGGUGUGAAACUCCAAUGUCACAUAAAGAUUCAGCUCAGCUUGAAAAUAUAGCAAAGACUCUACAGCGGCAGUCGAGUUUGUUGUUUAAGAUGUUAUCAAGUGUGAGAAGUAACAGUUCAAGUCCUCAUCUAGCUCAGCUCUUGCUGCGACUUGACUUCAAUAAAUUCUUUUCCAUAUCUGGAGGUCAGCUUGGAAGCUACUGACCUGAAUUCUGCUACAAAAUGUAGAGGCAUCUAGCAUUGAGCGAAACAAAGUUCAUCUGUGAUAAAGUGCCAUAUUCCAAGCAUAGGAAAGCACGAUAAUGGACUUCUGUUUUCAAAAUUAACAAAAUCCAGAAAGAAUAACCGAUAACCACUGCAUUUAUAAAAUACAGUGUUAAAUAUCAGUGAACAGUUGCUAAGGUAUAGUUAAAGGCUGAAGCUGCGGGGAAAAAAUGAAGAUAUAUUCCUUUCCAGCAACACAUUGUGUUAUGUCCAAAAUUUCCGUAAUAAGAAAUCUAUGGAUUUGUUUAGUAACAGUUGAGUUCCUAAAAGCUGUUCAUCAGAUAUAAAAUAAAGCUUGAAAUCAGGUCUCUUAAAGACCCACCACAGAAUAAUUAUAUUUGUUUAUGUUCCCAUGAUAGUAAUUAUACAUGAUUUACAUAAACAAGAGGGCCAUGGAGGCCCUGUAUCGCUCACCUGACCUACUGUCCCAAAGAUCAUCAAGAUUAACAUUCUGACCAAGUUUCAUUAAGAUAUGGUCAUAAAUGUGUCCUCUAGAGUGUUAACUACUUUUUCCUUUAAUUUGACCUACCGGUAGUGACCUAGUUUUUGACCCCACAUGACCCAGAUUCGAUCUUGACAUAAAGAUGAUCAAGAUCAACAGUCUGACCAACUUUCAUGAAGAUACAAUCAUAAAUGCCAUUUAAGGGUCAAAGGUCAUACUUCCGGGCAUAUAUUGCUCCGCAUUGGGGUGCUCUUGUUUAUCUAUGUUUUUAGAAAUACUGAGAAGAGAUUGAAUAAGUUAGCAGAUGAAGUUGUGAAAACAUGUUUAUUUAGGAAUUGUCCACCUGUCAUCUUGUAGUAUAGCUGUAUUAAUCCAAUAUUACUUUUCUGUAAUAUGUGUAAGUACUUUUGUAUUGUAUUAGGCGAUGAAUACAUAUGUUUUUGCCUUAUAAACUUUUGACUUGAUUUGAAGUUACCAGAAUGAUUUUCAUGAAGUAAUGUUAACUUUGGGGAACAAGCAGGACACUAGGUUGUGGUGGGUCUUUAAGACAACUAAACUGCUUAUUCCCAACCACAGAGGUAACUGGGAAAAUAGCUGAAUGUAGGAGAAUAAAUCACUGAUAUUAUUGUCAGUUUCCAAGAACUCUACUAUCUGGAAGAGCAUACUUACAUUAAACUGUUUGGAAAUUCCGAUUUUUGCACUAUUUGCAGAUAUGGCUAUAUUUCUACUGUUUAUAGUGAAAUCUGAUUUACUAUAGAAUUAAACUUAAAAUUGUU